AUGGUGUUGCUUGAGACGACUUUGACAGGAACGUGUCUAUUUAAACACCCAGCCGUUAGACAGCUUCUACCACGCUACCGCGCUAUUCGCUCCACCACCAGGACUACAGAAAGCAGACAAGCUUUCGAAAAGCAGCUUGUCGGAUAUAUCCAGCAUCAGGACACGUCACGCAUCCCAAGUUCGCCAUCUCCAAACUGUAGCAUGGCUUUCCUUCUCCCAGGUCUGCGCCGAGGGCUCAUGCUCUCCACCCCGUUGAUCCUCAGCACUCCCCUCCUUGCCUACCAAUACCGACACCGUCAGCGCAUCCUUUGUGACGGGCCUGAUCCAUUGACUAAGAUCACCAAAGAUCUCACAAAAAACUACACUUCAGAAGCUCAAACACCUAUCCUCACUCAAUCUGGUGCUGCGAAUCCGCGAGCGAUACGGCAGAUCAGUAUGGGGAGUAUUCUGGGGGUGAUUGGGGGGUUGGGGAUAAGUGUUUUUAGUAAGCCGUUGGCAAUCCUGAUUGGGUUGGGCAUAUUCGUUCUACAGUUCGUCGAAUCCCGAGGCAUCCACAUCAUCCCCUAUUCGUAUAUGCAACGCCGAUUUAAAUCCACGAACGUUCGUUCCCUAGUACGGGACAAUGUAGCCUUCAAGCUAUCCUUCGGAUUGACCUUCGCGCUGGCAGCGUUUGCGGAGUUUUGA